AUGGCGGUUGAGAAUGACCUAAUUUUCUCCACCGCCCUCUGCGCCGUUCCGCCGCGGUUUCGCCUUCCUUCAGCUGCGUUUUACAUGGAGAUCCAGGAUUUGUUCCCAGAAACUAGAGAUGGAAACACAAAAAUCCCAAACAACCCUAAAACAGUAAGUCAACCCAAACCUCCCACAAAAGAGACAAACACACAGAAAGCAAGAUCAUUUGCACAAGCUCUCACAGGGGUCUGCGACAUCCCUCUAUCACAACUUCCCAAUCCGGUAAUCAAAGGGGACAGACCCUCCAUUACAAUUCCUGAAGAAGAAUAUGAAGCAGGCAUUGCAGAAUGCAAAAACAACCUUCAUGGUAGAGUUUUAUGGCAAAAGGGAUCUACACCGCUUACGGUAGCUGCGUUAAAAGAUAAACUGGCUCUUUCUUGGUCUGAGGUUAAGAACUGGGGUAUGUUAUCUUUAGGAAAGGGAUACUACGAAUUUAAUUUUGCAAGCCCGGAAGAUAUGAGAAGGGUCAGAGCAUUUGGGGCCAUCAACCUUAAUCCAGGUUCUUUGAAACUUUUUGCGUGGACAAAGGACUUCAAUCCCUCACUCCAAUGUAACACUUCAGCACAGGUUUGGAUACGUCUUUUCAGUCUGUCACAGGAAUAUUGGAGACCCAGAAUUGAGUUUGCUAUUGCCAGUUGUGUGGGAACACCGAUCUGCAUCGAUGCUGCAUCUUCCAAGUCAAGAGUAGAUCGUACCUUUGGCCAAUUUGUGAGAGUUUUAGUUGACAUGGAUCUAACAAAAACUCUAAAUCAUAAUGUCCUGGUUGAAAGAACGGGUUUUGCGUUCUUUGCGGAUAUAGAAUACGAAAACAUUCCACCUUUUUGUGAGCACUGCAAGAAGUUAGGACAUGUUAGACAAGACUGCAAAUCAAUGAUGAAGCAAACGAAUACUUCAGCCCCGAGAACAAAAUCCAUCUACAUCCAGAAAAAUAGCACAAGCAAUACUGAUACUGUGGAGGUUCCUGACACGGUUUUGAGAGGAGAGGCUCACCCAAGCUUGGAAACCAUUGUUAACGCGGAUCCCAUCAUAGUACCUAACCCCCUGAAUUUCAUUUCUCAACCAGAUCCAGAAACUUCGGCUUCUGAGUUUGUGGAUGCUUCUCAAGUGUUAGAGACUCAAGUAGAUAAUUUUCUUCACAACUCCUGGGCAGAUCUUGCAAACAUGGAGGAAGAACCGGGAGAUACGGAGGGUGCUUUUACAAAUGCAGUAUCAAUAAUAAAGAAGAAACAAGCAGCGAGAAAUAAGGCGAAGCGUGCCUCUAGGUCUCAAGCAGGACCUGCUCUGUCUCUCCCAUGA